AUGGCUGACGACGGUAUUGAGCUCAACUUCGCUGUUCCUUCUUCGGGGACAUUGGUCAGACAGGUCUCAGCCAAGAAAGGUGGAAGAUGGACUGAUCGUGUAAAGGCAAAAAGAGAUGCAAGGGAUACAUACAAAAGUCUCAAACAGACUGCAUCCACAGAAUCAACACAGACUCCAACUCCUCAUAUCCCAGUCUUCCCACCUAAGCCUCAGCCUGUCGCAGCCCCUACUCGCACAGUUGACAUAGCACCUCCCAAUCCUAGAGUUCAACCUGCUCCUCAACCUAGAAGCGUCAGUGCCAAUGUCAACGCCGUUGCUGGUCCAUCUCGCCCUCAACAAGCUCCAAGAAACGUCAGCUCGUCUGCUGCAAAACCUCGUGCUUCCGCAACAUCUUAUUCCUCACCUAGACAGACUGUUCCAUCAAGAUUUGAAGCCGGCCCCUCUCGUCUUCCUGGAUCUACCACUUCAGCUCCUGCUCAAGCUAAAGCUCCACAGUUCAUAUCAUCUCUUUUCAGCGCUGAUCCACUGCCUGCACCUUCAACAUCGUCCAAGCCUACCACAAUUGUAGGCGCACCUUCCAAUGCUCCUCUCGUAGGCGAUACAAGUACCUUUGAAGGAUUGGGCAUGGAUCCUCUUCUCGUUAGACACCUGAAGAACAAGAUGCACGUGGAAAGACCGACUGGUAUUCAAAGAUCCUGUUUACCUCAUAUGCUUUCGUCACCACUCGAUCCCGAUCAAUUGAAGGACACGUCAACGCCACUUCGAGAUGUACUAAUUCAAGCUCAGACUGGUUCAGGUAAAACUUUAUCAUACCUACUUCCUAUCAUUCAGACUUUAUUACCUCUAUCAAAGUUAUCUUACAUCGAUAGAUCAAUAGGUACAUUAGCUAUCAUCCUGGCACCUACUAGAGAAUUAGCUCAACAAAUCUCCAAAGUAGUAGAACAGUUGAUUUCUAUGAGUUUGACGUUGGAUGAAGAUGAUGAUAGACAAUUUACUAGAUGGCUCGUAUCAGGUUUACUCACAGGUGGAUCAACAAGAACACAUGAAAAAGCAAGAUUGAGAAAAGGUGUUCCUAUAUUAGUUUCUACACCCGGUCGAUUGUUGGAUCAUUUACAGAACACCACCUCAUUCCAGUGUGCUAAAACGAUGUUUCUGGUUCUGGACGAAGCUGAUAGAUUGAUGGAUUUGGGUUUCGAAGAAACGAUCAAAGGUAUCUUGAGAGCAUUAGAAGGUAGAAGGAAAAAUGAAAUUCAAAUCGAAAAAGAGAUGGAUGAAGAAGGUGGUGGUUUGAUGAGAUGGGGAUUCUGGAACAGAGGUAGAACGAAUAUUCUUUGUUCGGCAACUGUAGAUGCCAAAGUUGAGAAAUUAUCUGGAAUGGCUUUAAGGGAUCCUGUGCUUUUCAAAUCAGGUAAAGAAAACAAAGAUAUCGAUGGAAAUGUCGUCACGAAAGAAGAUGGAAAAGAAAAUGAUGCUGUCAAAGCUGCAAUGGAAGAAGCUGGAGCUAUUGUCAUUCCACAAGAAUCAGAAGAUAAAUUCACACCUCCAAGUCAAUUAUCACAAAAAUACGUUGUGACUCCAACCAAAUUACGUCUGGUAGCACUCGUAGCUUUGUUAAGAUCAAUCAUCGCUACUGCCGUCAAACAAGAUUCAGCAAAAGGAACGAAAAUAAUCGUUUUCUUGAGUUCAACAGAUUCAGUUGAUUUCCAUUGGAAACUCCUUGGAGGAAUAAAAAUGGGUGACGAACCUCCCCCCGUUGAAGAUGACGAGACAGAUGAUGAUGAAGAAGAAGGGAAAGAGAGUGCGGAUGAAGAUGGUAUUCCUACUAAACCAAAGAAAGUGAAGUCCAAGAAAGGAAAAACAAACGAUUCGGAAGUCAUCACACUUACUUCACCUUUAUUCCCCAAUACGACCUUACAUCGAUUGCACGGAUCAUUACCUCUUCGGACACGAUUGGCAUCACUCAAGUCAUUCGCCGGUGCAUCUUCUCAGCCUUCGGUCUUAUUUGCUACGUCUGUAGCUUCUAGAGGGUUGGAUUUACCACUUGUACGAGCUGUAGUUCAAUACGAUCUUCCAACAGAAGGAGGAGCCAACGAGUACGUUCACAGAGUUGGUAGAACAGCGAGAGCAGGUAAAGGUGGUGAAGCUUGGGCGUUCGUAGCCCCAAGUGAAACAGAUUGGAUACCUUGGGUAGAAUCAAAAAUGGGUACUGCAGAAGGUAAAGGUGGGGUCAGAUUAGGUCAAGUUGGUGUUGAAGAUUUAUUGAGGAAAGGUUUCGGUGGAAAAAGCUAUGAAUUUGAAGGAAGAGCUACUGAGGCUCAAUUGAGUUUCGAAAGAUGGGUCUUAGAUAGCGACGUUAACGCCGCUCUUGCCCGUCGAGCAUUUUCAUCUUAUAUAAGAGCAUAUUCGACACAUCCAUUAGAAGAAAAGAAAUUCUUCCAUAUCAAAACUAUUCAUUUAGGACAUUUAGCUAAAUCAUUCGCACUUCGAGAAGCUCCUGGACAAUUAUCAGUUCCCACGAUUAAAUCCAAAGCCAAAAUAACAAGUUCAGCUACUGCACCUUCCAACAAAAAGAGGAAGCAUAACGAUGACGAUGAUGAAGAUGGAGAAGAUACUGAACAGAAGGGAGGUAAAGAAUUAACUGCGAGAAACGAAACUGAGAGGAGAAUGUACGAAGCAGUUAGGAAACAAGGUAGAAUGAUCAAAUCAGGUGGUAAAUUAGGUGAAUUCAAUAAAAUCAAAGGGAACAGUAGAAUCAACACUUCAGUAGGUGGAGGUGGUGGUGGUGAAUUCCAAGUUUACGGUACGGGUGAAUUGGAAAGAAUGGUUUCUGGAAAACGAUGA